GUAACAAAUUCACAAUGUUCAAGUUUGUGCUUCUUGCGAUCUGCUUGGGCUAUGCCUACAGCUGCGGGGUUCCAGCUGUGUCCCCCAAACUUUCCAGGGUUGUUGGUGGAGAAGAUGUAGUGCCAAACAGCUGGCCAUGGCAGAUCUCUCUCCAGUAUCAGGGCACCAGUGGAGCUUGGGGACACACCUGUGGUGGCACCCUCAUUUCUGAACAGUGGGUCCUGACUGCUGCCCACUGCAUCAGCUCUGGCCGUGUCUACAGAGUGUUCCUGGGCAAGCACAACCUGAGGGAAGAUGAGGCAGAUUCCAUCGCUAUCGCCCCUGAAAAAAUCAUUGUCCAUGAGAAGUGGAAUUCCUUUUUCAUUCUCAAUGAUAUUGCUCUGAUCAAACUGUCAGAACCUGCUCCUUUGAGUGAAUCAAUCCAACCCGCCUGCAUUCCAGCUAGUGGUGCCCUUCUGGCUAAUGACUUCCCCUGCUUUGUGACUGGAUGGGGACGCCUCUACACCAACGGACCUAUUGCUGACAACUUGCAACAAGCCCUUCUGCCCGUUGUGGACCAUGCAACUUGCACUCAGCGUGACUGGUGGGGAAGCCAGGUUCAGACUACCAUGGUCUGCGCUGGUGGUGAUGGAAUCGUGUCUGGUUGCAAUGGUGAUUCUGGUGGCCCUCUGAACUGCCAGGCAGCAGGUGGAUCUUGGGAAGUCCACGGCAUUGUCAGUUUCGGCUCUGGCCUUAGUUGCAACUAUGAAAAGAAACCAACCGUCUUCACCCGUGUGUCCGCUUACAACGACUGGAUAAACGAGAAAAUUGCAAGCAAUUAAGAACGAUGCCGGUUUCCAGACCUUCCAUCGUAUCCCCCAACACCUGGACGUCUGCUUCGUGAAUCCCUCGUACUUUCUUUAACACCUUGUUUCAUUCCAUGUUUGUAUUUGCCAAUAAAAUGACAGAAGCAAAGAGA